AUGGAUCAAUGCAACAUUACAAGAAAUAGAGUCAAAGAAUUUAGUGUUGGUUACACAACACAACAGAUCACAUCUAAUUCGUACACAACAUGUGUUAAUGUCAUUGAAAAUAAUCAAACAUCAGAUUCUAUUAAUUUCUAUUCAACUUCUUCAUUAGGUGAGUCAAUAUUUAAAGUUACUACAUGCAAUUAUAUAAGAAAUAAAAGUCCGAAUGAUGGCCAUCUAAUACUUACUCAUACUGAUAUUUUCAUGAGUUAUUGCUGCAUUCGUGAGAAUGAUAUCCCUUACAUUUUUUAUGCAUAUGAUGGGACAAUCACAUUUGAAAAUUCAACAACUGAUAAUAAUAUAUCGACAAGUCUGACACCAUUAUACAAGAAUACAUUUAUUUCAUUUGAAAAUGACUGCCCUUAUUUGAUAUUAGAUAACGAUGAUUCAUCAAAAAAUAAACAAUUUAAAUCCAAUAAGGAUGAAAAUGAAGAAGAAAAUGACGUCUACGCUAGAAACAAUAUGAAAUUUUCGUAUUUAAAGUUCUUUGACAACAGUUUUGCCAUCAUUACAUCAUUACAUUCCAAAAGAUAG